UCUGCCAUCUGAUCUCAUACCAGUUUCCGCCAGCUUCAGCCAGCAGCACUGACCCACCCAGCAUUUCGCCGGUUCGGUUGUACCUCAUCUACGUGAAGUUCGAGCUUGAUUUACUUAAUCUUAGAACAUCCAGUGUAAAAUCCAACAUGUCGUCGAGUCCUUACAAGAAAAUGAAAACAACGAACAACGAUUGGACACCGUACACCCAAAUAAGGCAGCUUGAAAAAAACAAAGCCUACAGAAUUUUGGGUAUAAUCCAUACAAACAACGACAAGUAUGGUCCAGGCGAGUGCGCCACUCUGCUGCACACUAAUGGCAAAAGGUACAGAACAUACCUGCCGAAGAAAUAUUUGUCUCUCCUAUCAAAAGAAGACAUUCAGCAGAUCAAGAAUGAUGUCAUCCAAGGCAAGAACAUUGUUUUGGUGUUCAGAGAAGUGAUGAAUGAUAAUUCCUACAGGAUUGACUUAUGUGAAGCAAGUGAAAAUUGGCUUAAAUGCUAUGAUCGCGACGAGGAGAUUCCUGAGCUUGAAGACUCAUUAACUGAAGAGGAUGCAACCAUUGCCAAUGGGGAUGUUCCAGUCAAUGAUGAAAACAAACUCAUUAAUGAAGAUGAGGCCAAAAACAAGACACCUGAUAAUGAAGAGAACAUGAAAAAAGAUGAAGCCAACAAAAACAUUGAAUCACCUAACGAAGAAAAAAGGGACUAGUUAGAAGAAAACUAUACCAGUCAUUGAUAGUACGAACACAAGGAAUCACCUAACUGAGAGAAGAAAAAUGACUGGUUCAAAACCAUACCGAUCAUUGGUAACUAAAUUUGAUCUCAUUACAUUUUAAUUGUGCCGAUCAUUGGCCUAAAAAUUAUUAAUAAGAUAUAACUUGUGAUAACAUGUGAUAUUAUAAUUAAAUCCUUUGUUUACUUGCAAAUUC